AUGGGUGGUGAAGGCUGGUUGUUCCUUUUCGCGGUCCUUAUGGCUGCCGUUCUCUUAUUCACCAUGGUCUUCUUUAUCAUCAUGUUCUCGGAUCUCGAAUGCGACUAUAUUAACCCUAUCGACCUCUGUAACAAGCUCAAUCAAUUCGUACUUCCCGAAAUGAUCGCUCAUGCUUUCCUCACACUCUGUUUCUUACUUUCCGGACAAUGGUUGGCUUUCUUAUUGAACGCUCCUUUGGUAGGAUACAAUGUAAACAAGAUCAUGGCCAAAAACCACAUGUACGACGCCACAGAGAUCUUCCGAACUCUAUCAGGACAUAAGAAAGAAUCAUUCAUUAAACUUGGUUUCUACCUCGUUUCAUUUUUCUACUACCUUUACAGAAUGAUCCUUGCUCUGAUCUCAGAGAGCGACUAA